AUGGAAAGUAAAGAACUUAAUAGCACAUCGACUGAUAGAAUAGUAAUUAAUGUGCCAUAUGUAGGUAGGACAACACAACAAUUGAGUAAAGAUAUAAAAAAGAUUGCUAAAGAAAUAAAACCAACAACACAAGUGACAAUAGUACAAAGACCACCAAUAGCACCAAGACAGAUGUUUCAAAAUAAGGACAAAAUACCAAAAAAUCUACAGUCAAAUAUAAUCUAUGAAAUAAAUUGCAGCUCAUGUUCCGCCUCAUACAUUGGAAAAACAGUUAGACAAGCAUGUAGAAGGUUAAAAGAACAUGGAGCACCAACAGAAGCAUUGAUAGAAUCAAAUAAUGAAAAUCUAAGACGCUCACAGAGAAUUGCUAAACUAAAUGCUAAAAAUAAGGUUCCAAUUUCAUACUAUGAAUCGGAUAGCGGUGAAGAUGAUGAUCUUCCUAGAACACCUUAUACAUCAGCAAUCAAGCGUCAUAUGACCUGUACUAAACAUAAAAUUGACUGGAAGAAUUGGAACAUCUUGGAUAAAGAUAAACAUCCAUAUAGAUUACUUGUAAAAGAAAGUCUAGCUAUAAAUGCAAAAUCACCUACAUUAAAUCUAACAACAAGGUCAGUACCACUAGUUGUAUACCCGGAAGGUCGAAUCAAUAAAAAAAGAAAUCAAGAGUUUUGUCAACAACAUCAAGCAAUACAACACUGA